AUGUUGGCGUCUCAACGAAAAACGCUGAGCAUUUCUGAACAGUUGGAGCUCAUCGACGAUGUCAAAGUGAAGAAACUCAAACUGGCCGCUGCAGCCCAAAAGUACGGAAUCGGUUAUUCAACAGCAGCAAAAAUUCUCAAGAAAGAAGACGAUCUCAAAUCUUGCAUGCAAAUGAACGGAAACACUAAUCGCAAACGAAAGCGCCAAUCCGUGCACAAGGACGUUAACGAAGCGCUUACACAAUGGUUUAUUCAAGCAUGUGCUCAUGGAGCUACCGUCACCGAUCACGUCAUCAGGCAGAAAGCAUCACAACUGGCCGUAAAUCUUGAAGUUGAUUUUGAACCGAGCAAUGGCUGGCUCAUGCGCUGGAAGCAGGCUAAUAACGUUUCGUUCAAAAUAUUUCACGGCGAAUCAACGUCAGCAGAUCACGGUUCUGCCAACGAAUGGGUGACAAACGUUUUGCCGCAACUUUUUCCUGGAUAUGAUCCAAAAGAUGUUUGGGACUGUGAUGAAACGGGAAUUUUCUACAAAGCCAUGCCGUCUGGAUCUUUGCGAUUUGCCGACGACGAACAGUCAAAUGGGACAAAAGUUCCCAAAGACAGACUCACGAUGCUUCAGUUCACAAACAUGGACGGCAGGGAAAAGCAAGCUGUAGUUGUUGGUAAGUCGGCAAAACCACGCUGCUUUAAAAAUGUCAAAACACUGCCGUUUUCUUACUUCGCUAAUCGUAAAGCCUGGAUGACUAGUCAGCUGUUUACUGACGUUAUGAAAACGCUUGAUCGAAAAAUGAUUGCUCAAAAUCGAAAGAUUAUUCUGUUUUUGGACAAUGCAACUUGUCAUAACUUACUGCCGGGUACAAAUCUGUCAAACAUCAAAUUGUCGUUCAUGUCACCAAACACUACCAGUCUCAUUCAACCUUUGGAUCAAGACAUCAUUCGUUCAUUCAAAGCGUAUUAUCGUUGGGAACUUGUUAGAAUGCAAAUCGCAGCGAUCGAUGCUACACCGCCAGUGCCGCUGUCCGAGGUGGCCAAACAGAUAACUGUUUUGAAGGCCAUGCACAUGAUGAAGCGAGCACUUUUCAUGGUCAAACCGUCAGCAAUUCAAAAUUGUUUUAAAAAGGCCGGCUUUAUCAUUGAAUCACAGGCUGAUGUGGAAGAAAUACUCGACGAAAAUGAUCAAGUUUCUCCACCAUCGGGCAUGGAGCAAACAGAUUUUGACGAAUUUAUCAGCUUCGACGACCGUACACAAUGUUAUGGAGAACUGACUGACACGGACAUCACACGUGGUAUAAAAUCGGAUGAUCAAGAUUUUGACGAAGAUGAUGAUGCUGAAAGCGUAAGUUCUGAAGUUUCUGAAAGUGACAAACCAAUGCCGAAUUGUCUGGCUGCAUUGAAUGCGCUUGAAACUCUGACAGCCUACUUUGAAGCAAAAAAGCAGUAA